UUUUUGAUAUACAAAGAUUUCGAUUGCCAUUGCCUUCCCCCAAAUUAAUACUCUGCAAAACAGCUGCCAUUAACCCUAGCAAAAAUGUCGACACUCGACACCGACGUCAACAUGGUUCCGGCCGGAGAGGGCUCAUCCGGCGCCGGCCCUUCCACUACCACGCCGCACUCCUGCAAGAAAUCGAAGAAAUUCGAGAUUAAAAAGUGGAACGCCGUCUCGCUUUGGGCUUGGGAUAUCGUGGUCGAUAAUUGUGCUAUUUGCAGGAACCACAUCAUGGAUCUAUGCAUUGAGUGCCAGGCUAAUCAAGCUAGUGCGACGAGCGAGGAAUGCACGGUUGCUUGGGGGGUUUGCAACCAUGCUUUCCACUUCCAUUGCAUCAGCAGGUGGCUUAAGACUCGCCAAGUUUGUCCUCUUGACAACAGCGAGUGGGAGUUUCAGAAGUAUGGUCACUAGAGUUUGUGACUGGACUGGUCACUGGCUUCCUCCUUCAAGUUUGGCCAAGAGAAUUAGUGUUCCUAUUGUUUCUUCUUGGAGCGAACAUUAAAGAAUCGGGAGCCUUGAAUCAUCACAAUAUAUCAUUUGGACAUCUUUUUCUAAACAGAACAUCUUUAGACACAUGUUUUGCUCUGCCUAGUUAUUAUCAGCACCAUCUUACUAUGCUAAUGAUUUGUGGAUAUGUCUCUUGUUGGUUGUUGCUGAUAUCGAAAAACGAUUUAUCUA